CUCAGGUGAGCGAGACGGGACGGAACUAAGAGAACUUCGUGCCAGGCCGUGGCCGCCGCUCCGAAUCACGGGCCACAUUCGCUUUCCCCGCCGAGACCGAGGCGCCGCGGGGCCAUGGCCGGCCUGAACUGCAGGGUCACGGUCGCACUGCUGGAGGUCCUGCUGCUCGGCGUUGCGCGCCUGGCCCGCGGAGGGGAAGCUUAUGAGAUUGCUCUGCCACGUGGAAGCAACAUCACAGUCCUCAUAAAGCCUGGGGCCCCAACUCUGCCAGCGAACCUAUGUCACAUCAUUCCUAAAAGAUGGGUAACCCCAUUGUCCAUCAAAGCCGGAGAGACAGUAGUCUUUUCCUUUAGCUGCCAGGAUCCACAGAAUCACUUUGUUAUCGAGAUCCAGAAGAAUAUUGAUUGCAUGUCAGGUCCAUGUCCUUUUGGAGAGGUUCAUCUUCAGCCCUCAACGUCGGUGUUGCCCACCCUCAACAGAACCUUCAUCUGGGAUGUCAAAGCUAACAAGAACAUCGGUCUAGAACUGCAGUUCUCCCUCCCUCGCUUGAGGCAGAUCGGGCAGGGGGAGAGCUGCCCCGAUGGAGUCACUCACAGCAUCAGCAGCCGCGUUGACACCACGAUGGUCAGGAUCGGAACCUUCUGCAGCAACGGCACUGUGUCCCGGAUCAAAAUGCAAGAGGGAGUGAAAAUGGCCUUGGACCUCCCGUGGUUCCACAACAGAAACGUCUCCGGCUUCAGCAUCACAAACCGGUCGUCUAUAAAACGCCUGUGCAUCAUCGAAUCUGUGUUUGAAGAUGAAGGCUCAGCCACCCUGAUGUCUGCCAACUACCCGGAUGGCUUCCCCGAGGAUGAGCUCAUGACAUGGCAGUUCAUCAUCCCCGUGCACCUGCGGGCGAGCGUCUCCUUCCUCCACUUCAGUGUCUCCAACUGCGUGAAGAAGGAGGAGCGGGUUGAGUACCGCAUCCCAGGCUCCACCACCAAUCCCGAGGUGUUCAAGCUGAAGGACGAGCAGCCUGGGAACAUAGCCGGGAACUUCAACCUCUCUCUGCAGGGCUGUGACCAAGAUCCCCAAAAUCCAGGCAUCCUCCGGCUGCAGUUUCAAGUAUUGGUCCAACAUCCACAAAAUGAAAGCAAUAAAAUCUACGUGGUUGACUUGAGUAACGAGCAAGCCAUGUCGCUGACCAUUGAGCAACGGCCCAGCAAACUGAGCCACAAAUUUGUCCCCGGCUGCUUCGUGUGUCUGGACUCUCGGACCUGCAGCACCAACCUCACCCUGACAGCUGGCUCCAAACACAAGAUCUCCUUCCUUUGUGAUGAUCUGACACGCCUAUGGAUCAACGCCCAGAAAACCAUAAGCUGCCUGGACCACCGGUACUGCCACAGGAAGUCCUACUCGCUCCAGGUGCCGUGGUACAUCCUCCAGCUGCCUGUGCAGCUGCACGACUUCUCCUGGAAGCUGCUGGUGCCCAAAGACAGCAUCAGCCUGGCACUGGUGCCUGCCCAGAAGCUGCAGCAGCACACUCACAAGAGGGUUUGCAACACCAGCUUCAGCUACCUCGUGGCCAGUGCUGUUCCCGGCCAGGACCUUUACUUCGGCUCCUUCUGCUCUGGAGGCUCCAUCGAGCAGAUUCAGGUGAAGCAGAACAUCUCGGUGACCCUCCGCACCUUUACCCCCAGCUUCCAGCAAGAGGCCUCCAGGCAGAGCCUGACUGUGUCCUUUAUCCCCCACUUCAAAGAGGAAGGUGUUUUCACAGUGACCCUGGACACGAAAAGCAAGGUCUACCUGAGGACCCCUAACUGGGACAGGGGCCUACCAUCCCUCACCUCCAUGUCCUGGAACAUCAGCGUGCCCCAAGACCAGGUGGCCUGCCUGACCUUCCUCAAAGAGCGGACAGGCGUGGUCUGCCAGACAGGACGUGCGUUCAUGAUCAUCCAGGAGCAGCAGGCCCACACCGAGGAGAUCUUCAGCCUAGAGGAGGAUGUGCUGCCCAAGCCAAGCUUCCACUAUCACAGCUUCUGGGUCAACAUCUCCAACUGCAGCCCCAUGAGCAGGAAGCAGCUGGACCUGCUUUUCUCGGUCUCGCUUACUCCAAGGACCAUGGACCUGACUGUCAUCAUCCUCGCAGUGGUGGGAGGUGGCACCUUACUGCUGUGUGCCCUCGGACUCAUCGUUUGCUUUGUGAAAAAGAAUAGGAAAAAGAAGAUCAACAAGGGCCCAGCUGUAGGUAUCUACAACAGUAAUGUCAAUACCCAGAUGCCGAUGCAGCCAAAAAAGUUUCAGAAAAGACGGAACGACAACGACUCCCACGUGUAUGCCGUCAUCGAUGACACCAUGUUGUAUGGGCAUCUGCUGCAGGAUUCCAAAAGGCCCUUCUUCCAGCCAGAGGUGGAUACCUACCGGCCCUUCCAGGGCCCCACAGGGGACUGCCCUCCCUCCCCACCCCCCAUAUGCUCCAGGGCUCCAACUGCAAAGUUGACCAAAGAGGAGCCACCCUCUGGCUUCCUUUCUGAGUCUGAGAUCGAACCGUACACCUUCUCCCACCCCAAAAACAGGAAGAUAAGCACUGGGAACACAGACCCUCCCUUGCUAAAAACCUAUGAGACCAUGGAGCCUGGGGAAUAACUUGGACCCACCCCAAAGACUUCACAUAAAGCAGGGCACUGAGAUGCCCUUUACGGUUCCCACCCAGAAAUCCUGAAGAAGAGGAAUUCUGUGGAAGAAUAGCAGGAGGUUUUUCUGGAUGCCACCAACUUCUGAUUUCCAAGUGGACUCAUUCCAAUGCUGAGACAUUGAAAAUGAUGAAUUGUGAUCUGGAUACAAUCAUCACAGUGAAUGUCCUUCUAAACUCAGGUUGGGUUGUAACCAGUCCAUGAGAGGGGAGAGGCUGAAUCACGCAGGACAGGGAUGCAAUGAGCCCUGGAUUUGGAUUUGGAUUUGGAUUUAGACUUCUUCAGGUUGACAGUGCCAACCCCUAGGAGCCCACGGAGACCUCUGCUCUCACUGGGGUCCCCUGGGUGGAAAUGUCAGCGUGCUUUUUUAUUUUUAUUAUUUAUUUGGUGGUCCUGUGUAUUUAAGAAGUCAAAUGUAUAGCCAUGCAGCUCUUUUCACCUGACAUAGUGAAAGCUCAUGCUAACUGGUUAGAUGGCUGGGUUUUGACGUCUGCUGACCACUAGAUACACAUGUGCUUGUCCCCUGGGAGGUGGGAAUAAUUUGCAGUCUGUCCACCCAGAAAAGGGUGUGUGUGUUUGAGGGUACUGACGCACAUCUGCUUUGAUAAGAGACUUGCUGGUUCUCUCGCUCUGCGUGUGGUUAUCCCACCACAGAAAUCCAUCUUGAGUCCCAUUGUCCUUUGACCUAGAAGUAAGAGAAAUUUCCUGGAAUUGCCAUGUGUGGCUCUCCCAGCUGCAGCAAUACUCUAGCAUCUAAAUAGAAAUUUAGAGAGUAUUUUCAUCCUCUAAAAACAUUGCAGGAUACACCAAAGGGUGGCCACCUGUAUUCGUUUCCUAAUGCUACUGCAACAAAUUACCGCAAGCAUGGUGGCUUAAAAGAACGCAAAUUUCCUGUCUUCGGGUUCUGGAGAUCAGAAGCACAAAAUGGGUUUCACUGAGCUAAAAUCCAUGUGUCAGCAGAGCUGUGCUCCUUCUGGAGGCUCUAGGGGAGAAUCCGUCUCCUUGCCUUUUCCAGUUUGUAGAGGCUGCUCACAUUCCUUGCGUCUGAUGGUGGCAAUGUGACACUCUUGCUUCCCUCUCUUACUGACAAGGACCUUUCACUUACAAAGCCCAGCUGGAUAAUCCAGAAUUAUCUCAACAUCUUUAAUUACACUGAAAAGUCCCUUCUGCCCUGUAAGGUAACAUAUCCAUAGGUGCUGGGGAUUAGGACAUGGACGAUUAUUCUGCCUACCACACCUUUCCUGCCCCUUCAGGAGAGACUGCAGAAUGAUCCAGCCUACAGGAGUGUUUUGUUUAGCCUGCGCAUCUUUUUAAAGAGUUAGUCACCAACAUUUAAAAUUAUAAAAUUAUAAAAUGUUUACGUAAAAAUCCGGAUCAGAAGGUCUGGCCAUGCUGGGGCUCAUAUUCUCACCGAGCAAAAACCAGCUGGAGUUGAAAUGCAGCUCAUCUUUAGAUGGGGCAUCUGGUUCACCAGUUCACUGCAGGGCCCACCAACCUUGUCACCUCACACACUGAGGCUGAGGGUCUGCUGCUAUUGGUCAACACCCUGCAGAGUUGCUUCUCUCAUAAUGAAAUGGAAAGUUCAAGACUCAUAUCUCAUAUGAAAUGAGAAGACAAUUCUUGAGGCUGAUGGGUGCUUCAGGAAAGUUUCCUUUACACACAGCCCACAUCCUUCAUUUGUACUAAUUACCAGGCCAGCUCCUGUGGGCAUUUGCCUUUGUGGCCCCUGUUCUCAUCUGUGGGAGAAGGAUUGUGUUAUGGCCUGUCAGUACAGUCCCAGGUCGAUACUUCUGUGGCAAAACCUCCUUUAAAAAGUAGAUGUAGGAAAAAAAAAAAAAGUAGUAGAUGCAGGGCUUCCCUGGUGGCACAGUGGUUAAGAAUCCGACCGCCAAUGCAAGGGACAUGGGUUCAAGCCCUGGUACAGGAGGAUCCCACAGGCCACAGAACAACUAAGCCCGAGCUCCACAACUACUGAGCCUGCACUCUAGAGCCCGUGAGCCACAACUACUGAACCCUUAUGCCACAACUACUGAAGCCUACACACCCUAGAGCCCGUGUUCCGCAACAAGAGAAGCCACUGCAAUGAGACACCCGCGCGCCAUAACAAAGAGUAGCCCCCGCUCGCCGUAAGUAGAAAAAGCCCGCGCGCAGCAACAAUGACCCAAUGCAGCCAAAAAUAAAUAAAUUUUUAAAAAAUAAAAGGAAUUAACAUUUAAAAAAAA